AUGGCACCCGCUACUACGAAUUCUGGUAUUACAACAGACGAGGCCAGCGGAGAGCGUCACAUCCCCGAGUCUACUCGAGCCGACGGGAGCAAACGAAAGGCUAUCAAGAUCCGACCCGGCUACCAGCCACCCGAAGAUGUCCAGGUCUACAAGAAUCGACCGGCGGAAGCAUUUCGGGAGCGAGGAAAGCGAAUAGGCAUUCCUGGCGCCGCCGCACAAGAGGAGAAGCCGGACCAAGGUUCCGCCGCCAGCAAUAAGAACGCGAAACGCCGAGAAGCCCGGAAAAAGGCCAAGGCGGCUGGCGACGGUGAAGGCGAAGGCGAGGACAAGCCCGAUGCAACGGCAACUACAAAAGAUGGCCAGCCCAAUGCAGAAGAGGCUGAUCCUGAAGUUGAGCGCGAGAAAAAGGCUCGAAGUCUUAAGAAGAAACUGAAGCAAGCCAAGGAGCUCAAGAUGAAGAAGGAUGGAGGCGAAGGUCUGUUGCCUGAGCAGAUCGCCAAGGUCAUCAAGAUCAACGAGCUCAUUCGCGAAUUGGAUGCCCUUGGCUUCGACGCAGACGGCGAGCCCAAGACAGAGACGAAAGACGAUGCAACUGAGGGCGGCGAGAACAAGAAAUGA